AGACUAGUGAUGCCGGUCAUCCGGAUUUCUCGUCGGCUGUGCGCUGGCGUUAGUUCUCGUUUGAAGCGUAUUUUUGUUUGUGAACGCGUUUUGGGCUGCGAAAGAGCCCACAUACUUACGUAGGUUUCGUCGGUUUCGUUCGCAAAUGUUUCACUCGCACGUUCAAAUCGCAGCGAUCGUAGGGGAAGGAACAGCGGUGCGGUUGCUUUGAGCCGGACCUGAUGAAUUUCGCUGCCAAUGCGAUUCAAUGCCAAGGAAAUCGCCGCCGUCGCAUCACAGCCGUCGUACAAAUUCGAAAAGGAGGGUGUGCUUUUCAUCAAGGAGCGACAGGAAGGACUCUUCAGGCGAAAUGAUGUCUUCACGGAACGGUGGUGCCGGUUAAGAGGCAACCUUUUCUUCUACUACAAGACGAAAGACCCGUGUUCUGAACCGGUUGGAGUGAUUGUUCUCGAGCGACAUUCUGUGAAGGAUGGCCCCAUUUCCGGAGGCCUCUAUUGUUUCACCAUUGCCUUUGAAGGGGACGAGCUGGCUACACACAUGGCAGCCCAAGGCUCGUCGGAGCGCGAGGCAUGGACAAGCGUGCUACGAGACUCUAGCUACGAGCAUGUGCGCGAGGAAGUGCAAAUUCUCCGUGCUCGUCUCCUGUCACGUCAGCGAGAGUCCGAUCCUGGCCUGUACAGCUGGCCAUCUGGGAAGCGCUCGCAGGAUGUGGACACGUCUUCUAGCAAAAAAGACCCACUUCAAAAUGAGCCAUUCCUUGAACUUGGGCUUGCAUGUGACAACUUGCGCUGCGACGCUGAUGGCCAAGCCCCCAACCCACUUGUUGUCGUUCUUACUGGAAGGCCUCGGCAUGGACUGUGGAGCAAGUUUUCUCAGACAGAAGUUGUUGAAAGGAGCAGCAACCCAUGUUUCCUGACCACUGUGGGAUUCCUAAAGAAGCAAGCAUGUGCAACCACUGAAGUCAAGCUGUGUGUUUACGAUGUCAGGGAGCGAGUCACGUCCACUAAAACUCUGCUAGGUGAAGCCACAUUUGCACUUGGCACACUAGUCCAGAUGCCUGGCUGCUUCCUCCGUCUUGCCCUCAUAUCACCGUCCUAUGAAAAUGUGGGUUUUGUGACUGUGACUGCUAGGGAACUCGAACCUGAGCUUAUGGUGACAAGCAAAAAGGAUGCACAGGACCUUUUUUGGCCUACGGCUGACCGACGGCGCACAUACUCGUUGCCAGCGUGCAUUCCACGUCGCGCCUGCACCCCGUUGCACGCCCAGCUCCGGAUUAUUUUUGAUGGCCUCAGCUCCAAGACAUAUCGUUUCCACACGGGCCUGGGAGCCGAACUUCGAGUGCAUGAAAUCAUGGCCGAGAGCAAGCUGUCCUUCUCCUUCCCACAGUUGCUCCUAAAUCUGUGGAUAAAUGAAGAAAAGCAGCUGAUGGACACUGUCACUCAUCUAAGAGAGCUGAGUCCGGAGUGGCAAGCCAAGCAGCUUUUAGCCAUAGAGAGGCAUCUGAUGCGGAUCAACACGUAUUCAGAGGCCCUGGAAAACCUAGCCAAGCAGCGGGGGGCCUACUUCAAACCGUCCGUAUCCAAAGGGCUGGUCUCGCUUGAGUUUGCCCCUGUCAACAUGCACCUGCAGAGGCUUUGGGUCCACAACACAACUAGCCACAAAAAAUGUGUUUAUGAUGUGGUCACAGUGGGGGCAUUCACUGCGUAUGCCCAAAAGUUCUCUCAUGGUGGCCUCCAUAGACUUCUCAAUCAGCUCAAGAACGCCUACCCCUUGCUGCAGCGGGAGGGCCAGCCGUCCAUACUGGGUCCUGACCGGCUAUCAACAGCGGCUCAGGCGGUGCUCAGCAUCGAACAUAUCAGGGAAGACAUUGAAGCAGACGUCCAGCAACUCAUGCAGCUGGCUGACCUCAAGGAUAUCACAGGCAUGGAGGCUGCAGCUACCAAGAUUAGUGACAAGGCCAAGCAAUUGACAACACUUUGCAACCCAACAUUAGUUGAUGAAGCCCUGACUAUUUGGGAAGGGGCUCGUCUUAUCCAGCCAAGCAAUGACAUUUCCGGUGCUGGUAAGACCUCUCCAAAGCGUGCCCAACGGCCUCCACCAAUGGCACGACUCAAGUCAGCAUCCUUACCACGAGAGUUUCCUGCACCACCCUGCUCAUCUGGUUCCCCAUCUGAUGAGUCCUCUGGUGAUGAGGCACCCAAUGAUGCAGUGUCAGUUAAUGGAAAUGUGUGUGGAGCUCAGGUUCGCCCCAUGCCUCAGCUGCAUAAAUCGGACUCUAUGUAUUCAACUGAAGAGUCUCGUUUUUCUGGCCUUUCGGAAGAGUUUGAGCCUCUUGACCUGACUCACCUAAAUAUCCGUGCCAGCAUCAUGUGCAUGGUGGGGAGGGUGCAGCAUCUGGCGCAUGCAGAUGAUGAUCAGCAUGCAGACGAUGCAGAGCUGCUUGACCCCUUGACCCCGUGCAGUACACCAGGUGACUUGUCACCCUGGCAGGCUGAACUGGCGCCGAGUGUGCGGAAGCUGCGUCAAUCUAUGGCGUGCCUCCAGAAAGUGGCCCGAUUCACUUAUGCAUUGCUUUCACUCAAGGAACCGCCACCAUCAGCAUCUCUGAGCUACACUGUUCGCCAGAGACGGGAUAUCUGCUUCUCCCAUGCGCUAACGUCUCUAGUGGCCGGCCUCAUGUCCAAACUAUGGUGCCAACAGGCAGAUCCUCUAUUUGUGCACUGCCUAACCACGUUUGGAGUGCUUGCCCAGUUCACCGGCCUCCUCAGUUGUCAUGGAGAUGAGCUAGCCAUGCUUGAAGACAUGGUUAUAGCCAUAGAUGACCUCCGACGUGUUGCUUUUUGGCUUGAACCAGCUACCAAUGUCUGCAGCCCGAAGCCACGCGUUGAAGGAAGCCGUGUCUUCCUGUCAGUGCUGAUCCCAACACCAGACACUGUGAUGGCCAAAGUGCCACACAGGGGCCGCUUCCAGUUCAGUGUCGUCCCAGUAUUCUUCAACGUUGGCAUUAACGAGCAAGCUACACUGGCUGAAAAGGUUGGCGACCAGAGCUUUCAAGAACGCAUCAAUCUUGACGGAGCAGCAUCACUCAAGGAGUACCACAAGCAGUUUCAGAAAUUUCCCAUUCCAAAAAAUGAUACGCCGAGGGCUCGAAUGGCGGCUGUUGCUUGGGCCAUCACAGAAGAACGCAGAGCCCGCAGUAAGAAUUUGUGGGUGGGACGCAUACAACCCCGGGAGGUGCCUCUGAUGGAUGUGAUAGAGCAACUGCAAACCCAUGUUCGCGCUCGUAAGAGCAAAGAUGUUGAGAUUCUUCAUCUUGCAAUGGAGGCAUGUCGUCGUAUGCGAGGCCUACGCUUCACGAGCUGCAAAAGUGCCAAGGACCGAACUGGCGUGUGCGUGACGUUGGAACAGGGGCAGAUUCUGCUGCAGGACUUUGGUCUCGAUUCUAAGGAAGUGCCCAGAGCAGUGGCCUGCAUGCGAAGUGAGGGCACGAGACGGCACAACACCUUCAAGAAUGUUGGUAUGCGCAAGUACGCCUUUAACAGCCUGCAGGUGAUGGCGCUGCCCAAACAAUACCGCCCACCACCAGGGACCUUUGGCAAUGUCCAGUCCUAGUGGCCCUUCUUCUCACUGACUGGGCCGCAUCCUGCCAGCUUGCCAGCUCUAGAUUUCGGUGGCAUGCCAGUAACGUAUGCCUAGAAGCACCCAAGUCCACUCAUCUCUCCAAUUUUAUCAUCGCUGAUUGUACACCAGCUGUAUGUGAUCCAUUACCGUUUUAGCACUCUUGCACAAAGUCACAAGAUGCAUGGUAAAGGGGUGAGAUGCCAUGAAGCACACCCACUCUUUAUUGGGCACUGUACCUACUGAGGUGUUCAAUGUGCAGUCCGAGCAGCAUGUUUGCCAUGCUAUGUUCAAGGAAGUUAUGCUGAAUUGAUGAACAACCCUUAUCAAUCCCAUAAUAAAGAUGUGGGAUGGGUAUUGAAAGCAUAAAGGCUCAUUCACACUGGUGACUUAAGGAAGUCAGGCAACCAUUUGUGACUGUCAACCAGAAAGCGACUGAAGGCGAUCAAUGCUCACUCCACCAAGUGCGGACGACCAGCUUCCAUCUUCUCACAAUUGCAUCCUCAAAUAAAAUAAGUACUAUCAGCGUUUAGAGAUGUACUGUUCCUGUGCAUCUGAUUGGCUCAAGGAUUCUGCGACUGCGGUCGCGUGACUGAAAAAUAGAGCACUAAGUGACUGGCCCAAAAUGGUCACUUUUUGAAAAAAGUGACCAUUUGCAACUGGUCACUUUGCAGUCAGCUUUGUUGCCCGACCACUGUCAGUCGCUGGUGUGAAUGAGCCUUAAGGAAUUAUUGGGGCUGGACUAUCAGCGUCGAUGUUGCUUAUAGUGCUGUCGCCUCAGGCGUUUGGGUGUCGUGGUUCACUAGAACGAGUGCGUUCAAUUCUGAGAGACCUGUAACAACAGUCAUGGUGCAAUAUUUGUGGUUGUUAACACUGCACAGUUACCUGCAUUGACUCGAAACCUGUGACUUGACUUUUCUGUUUUAUUUUUUCUUUUAUUAUUAUUAUUGUUAUUAUUAUAUAUCAUUAUUUUUAUUAUUACUAUUAUUCUGUGGUGGAGUGCUGUUUUUACAAGAGAUGGCUGAGGUGCGCGGGGGGCGCACUUGUCGAAGGGAUAAUGAUGUGCAAAUAUUAUGUCAAGCUAAAGUGAUUGAUGCAUCGAGGUAUCCAGGGGUUGUAUUCUCGAGCUAUCACUUUCGGACCAUAUGAUCAACUUUGCGAGACACGAGAACCUUCAGCGUGUAUGACGAACAGCAUUUCUGGUGCCACGCCAAGCUCGCCAUCCUUGCGCAGUGCGAGGACUCGGCACAGCACCAGAAGUGGCACCAUUUGUGGUGCGUCCGAUGCUGGUACCGAGUAAUGUGAAAUCACGGGAAAGUGAUCAUGUCCCCGAAAGUGACUGCUCCAGAAUACCACCCCAGGAUAUCACUUUCACCGAAGACAGACUUGAAAGCAAGAAGAUUGACGUAAACACUGGACAGAAUUGUUGCCGCCGUUGGGAAAAUAUUGUAUACCAGCUUCUACUAUGUAACGCUCCCCUUUGCAAUUGGCAAAAUUUUUUUCAACCACAGAAAAUUUUUAAAAACUUUGUUACAAUGCAUUUUGACAGAAAAGGGGUGCACUUUGGCCAAUUUUAUCAGAUUUUCCUACAGAACAACUCACUGGUGUUGCUGAUAUGCUUCUCGCCACUCUGUUGACACCUUUUACAAAAAAGUGGUACCCUCUGUGUGCAGGUGUCUUACCCGAAACGGGCAGCAGUGCCUGGCAGCAUAUAGUUUCAUACUAAAAGUACUAGAGGUAAAUCUGGCUUGAGUGUCAAUGCGUACCAUUAGUACACCGUUUCAUUCAGCUUGGGAAUGAUGGGUAGUAUAUGGGUUUACUACAAAUAAUGUAAGUUUGGGCAUAAUUGAAUUUCAUUGAGCCAUUUAGCACACAAAAAAUACGGGGAUAGUAUAAAAGUUGUAGACAAAACGCUUUGGCAGAGUGCUUUGUCUAUGUCUUUUAUACUAUCGCUGUGUUUUUUAAGCGCUAGAAGACGAAAAUGGUUUAUUCAACUCCGUUAUUUUGGUUUGUUGCUUUAACCUAGUGUUAACAUCUCAAAUCAGCUGUAUGGCAAUAAUCAGCCUGAUUUACCCUUUUAAUUUUUACCAUCACAUUGCUUUCAAGAUGUUGUAACAUAGCUAAAAUGUCCACCCAUGAUGAGUUGCACUGUCCGAAAACCACGCAAAAUACUUGGCACACAUACUCAGAUGUGUUGAGACUUAUUUAUGAAGACUUAUUUAAUAAAGGAAGUUGUCAAGCUUAAUAUUCGGCUUCUCCAAAACAAUGUCGAGCGACUGUCAUGGAACAUGACAUAGUUUAACCACAGAAAACAAUAAGAAGAGCUGUAAUUUGCUUUCUUGAUGAUUCCCAUUCCAAGUUGUAGAAAGGUCUAUGCACUGGCUAUCACAGCCAUGGCAAUCAAGUGACUGCAGUGCCAGGUUUCCCGCUAGUAAAUUUAGUAGGAAAACGUAUGCCUGGUGGGAGCAUGACCUCUGAGAUUGCAGGCACAGCUACCUAAGAGACUCUAUUUCUAGCAAAGAUUUAGAAUCCCAAAAGAAUUUUCUGGCGCCUUCAGUGCAAAUUUUCUUUUCUACUAGGUUGUCUCUUGUUGUAAAGCAAACAUUGUGGGUUUUCUAGAAGGGUAGUCUGUCAGUCUGGAUUGAUUCAAUGAUUGCCUUUGGUGUCCCUUUAAGAAGGAUGAUUUUAUAUGUCUCAAAAGAGCAGUUUCUUUAGAAGAACCGUGUGUGUGGCAGCAGAGUGUGAAAAUUGAUUGUGUGCAAGCACAGAGACCUGAGGAGGGCAAUGUAUUGUAUUCAUACCUUGGCGAUGAGAGGUUUUGUAAAGCUGUAGUUAUUUAGGACAAGUGUUUCUCUCAUGUAGUACCAGAACUGUCUGGAUUUCCUUUUUUUUAGAUGAAAAGGUGUGGUGUGCCUGCAGGAGAUUUCUUACCCUGCACUUUUGCACUCUCCAAGUGUGACAUUUGCAAGGUUUUGGAGGCUAUUACUGUGAAACUUUAGACUUUAGGUUAAUUUACAAUUGAAGUUAAGAGAUAUUUAUGGAAUAAAACAAGCCUUCAUAUGUUCUUGAUCUGCUGCAGGUAAAAUGCCACAGUGCUUUCACAAUGUGUGAGUUUAAAUAUUGGCAGUCUUUAUAUUUUGUGUAGGGGUAUUGUGUUUUAAUUUUCAAGAAAAACACUUUCCUUUUAGAAACUUGCUAUGGUACUGAUAUAGUGGCCAUGUGUGUCCAUAUCCUCGUGUAUUAUUGUUAUUUUUAAUUUCUCUUCUAUAAGAACCAAAGCUCAAUCUAAUAUAUGCCCUCCAGUUUGUUAUGCUUGAUACUUGAAAGAUAUAGAAAAUGGUGCCAAUAAUGUUGCACGUGCUUUUUAUGAAGAUAUUGCGAGUGUAACUGCACGUCACCGUUGCCAUAUUGAUGCGUAGCUGUAAUGACAUUGUAAAUCCUUAUGUUUUUGUAUUAUACGUAUAUAUAGUUGUAUAUCUUUAAUGAGAGCAAGCAGUUGCUUGGUUUUCUUAACACACACUACUUCUCUUGAGCAUUCUAAUAUACUAGUCCCUUUCAGUGUGAGCACUGUGAUUGUAAGUGUGUGGUUUCACAUUUUUGUUGCACAUAUUAUAAAGUUUAUAUACGAAAAGGGCCGAUUUUCUUCGAGCCAGUUUUGCUUUUGUUGCAACUAUAGUGGACUCCGUUCAGACAACAAUGAAGGACUUUGGAAACCUAUUUUUAGUUUGUGCACUUUUCAGAUUCACACAAAUGCUCUUAAUCUGUGUAACUAAACCAAAGUUCUCAAUGUGUUCAGCUUAUCUGUUAGUUAAUGCUGAUGGAGUUUACCUUGAACACUGUCUGUCGUAUUCUGUGGGCACAUCUUAGCCUCAAACUUAACUCUGUACAUAUGGGUCAAGUUGCUACCAUUAGCAACUAUACUUUGUCUCAGUAGUUCUCUUCAGCACUGUGAAAGCUACGGGUAACCUCAACCAAUAAGAAACAUGAAUAUAUAAUGAAAUACGUGCUGGAGUGCAUUUAUUCUUUCUUGUCGUCUGCCUAUCACCUUUGCAGUGUCAUCUUACGAAGUCCCUUCCCAUGCACACACACGCACAUACAUGCACACACAUAAAAAAAAAAAAAAUAUGGGAUUUUACGUGCUGGAACCACAAUCUGAUUAUGAGGGACGCCGUAGUGGGGGACUCCGGAAAUUUUGACCACCUGGGGUUUUUUUAACCUGCACCUAAAUCUAAGCACACGGGUGCUUUCGCAUUUCGCCCCCACUGAAAUUUGGCCGCCGUGGCCGACACACAGACACAUGAAAUACAAAGCAAUGAUUAUAUUCCUAAUUGUGUUACAAUGUUAUAAAUGAGGAGGUUGCACCACUGACAGGAGUAAACACGUCACGCAAACAUGAUGCACUAGUGAUGCACUUGAUGGGGACCACGUGGCCAUGUUCCUUGAUGGUAUCAGCAUUUCAGCACUUGAGUUCCUGAAUUAAAUAAUAUACUGGGGCUAGGGCUUAUAAUAGUGGUUCUUUAUGAUUUUUAGAAAACAUAUGGCAAAAUAUAUUAGAAGAGUACCACAAUAAGUGGUUUGGUGGUGGUACUAAGUUACGAUGCGGCAGAACACACCUACACUGCCCCAUUACACCUCACAUCUUUGUCAGAGCUGGAAGGGACUGCUGGGACAGAGUAACAUGUGGCACUUUUUGUUUAGUGGCUUUGUUCUCUUUUGCCCCCAUUCUCUCACUCGCAAAAGGCGCACACUUAUUUUCUAAUGCUCACUGCAGCUGCGUCUUUCGUGCGCGGCUUUCACUCUUGCCAUAAUACUAGCCAGUCUCUGUAAGUGUUGUUGGGGACGCUUGUUCUGUUACAUCUUGUCAUUUUGUUUUUAUACAUCUGAAAAUGACUUGCGCACUUUGUUGUGUGAGAACACCAGAGCUAUGUGUACGAACACUGUGCUGGAGUAAACAAUUCUUUAUUCA